GUGCCUCGUGGCGUCAGGUGGCUAAGGUGGCAUUGGCUUUUGGUAAAUGUUUUGGAUUCCCUUGGAUAUUGAUAGAGUUUGGGGUAAACAGAAGAGGUCGAUGGAAUAAUGUGAAUCUUCACCUGUCAUAGUUUUGUCUUUCUCGUUAUUCACUGGAUUACACGGGACAUGGGCUUGGGGAAAUUUAGUCCAAAUAGUGAUUUUAACGUCACACACUAAAAAUCAGGAGAAACAAUGCUCAGCAGCUGGUCAAAGCACGCCCUUCACUGUUGUCUCUUGUCAACUGUGAUCCUCGUCUUCGAGCACGUCUCCGGAGGAUUCCGAUGGGGUACACAAGAAAAGGAGGAGUUGGAUCCAUGGCUUCAGUAUGGAUUCAUCGGAGCCUUAACUCUUUACUUCCUCCGAACACUAACCUUCCUUUCCUUUCCUCAAGUCCUGUUCAACUUCGUUGGCCUUACAAUCUACAAUGCUUUCCCUGACAAAGUGGAACUCAAAGGCUCUCCUCUCCUUGCCCCCUUCAUUUGCAUAAGAGUAGUAACUCGUGGUGAUUAUCCCCAAUUGGUAAAGAGCAAUGUCAAUAGGAACAUGAACAAGUGCAUUGAAGCCGGAUUAGAAAACUUCCAAAUUGAAGUUGUGAGCGAUAAGCCAAUAGGUUUGGCGCCACAUAGAAGAACACGUGAAGUCGUUGUGCCUUCGGAAUAUCGAACGAGCAGUGGCGCUCUGUUUAAGGCACGGGCUUUACAAUAUUGUCUCCAGAACAAUGUGAACGAAUUAGCUGAUCACGAUUGGAUAGUUCAUCUCGACGAGGAGACGCUUCUGACGGAAAAUUCCAUCAGGGGUAUUCUAAACUUUGUUCUGGAUGGGAAGCAUCAGUUUGGCCAAGGGUUAAUUACCUACGCCAACGAAGAUGUUGUUAAUUGGAUUACAACUUUGGCCGAUAGUUUCCGAGUGGCUGAUGAUAUGGGAAAGUUGAGGCUGCAGUUCACUAUGUUCCAUAAACCGCUCUUCAGUAUGAAAGGAUCGUAUGUAGUUACACAGAUGUCUGCAGAGAAGGCAGUUUCUUUCGACAAUGGAUUGGACGGCUCCAUAUCGGAGGAUUGCUUCUUCGCAAUGAAGGCCUUCACCCAGGGGUACACCUUCAACUUUAUAGAUGGCGAGAUGUGGGAAAAGUCACCUUUCACCCUCUGGGAUUUUGUCCAGCAAAGAAAAAGGUGGCUGCAGGGGAUAUUGUUAGUAGUGCACUCGAAAGCCAUUCCCCUGAAGAAAAAGUUGCUGCUGGGCAUUUCCUGCUACUCGUGGGUGACAAUGCCUUUAUCAACGUCGAAUCUUGUCUUGGCAGGUCUUUGUCCCAUCAGUUGUUCACCGAUCAUUGACUUUCUCUGUGCUUUCAUCGGUGCUGUGAAUAUCUACAUGUACGUUUUCGGCGUAGUCAAGUCUUUCUCGCUGUAUCGUUUCGGCUUCGCGAGAUUCUUCCUCUGCAUAUUCGGUGCACUUUCAACGAUACCGUUCAACCUCAUCAUUGAGAACGUCGCUGUGAUAUGGGGUCUCUUCGGGAAAAAACACAAGUUCUACGUUGUGAACAAAGAGUUCCGACCCCCGGUUACGGUAUAACUGGUCGAUCUUAGCGUAAUCUCUACAUUGUACCUGCGAGUGGUGUUUAUGUAGAGAGCAUUUGCGGUCAUUUUAUAGAGAAAUUUUUUGUGGUAAUGCUUGUUAAAAUUCGAGUCACAUUUCCGUAUAGGCGCAUCGUUAAAAAAUUGGUUCUUACUACUUUGAUAUGCAUAAAAAUUGGCAUUAUUACUUUAAGGAUUUUUAGGUUUUUAAUUCUGAAUAUAAUAUUAGAAUUUAAUAAUUUAGAAAGGUUUUUGUACUUUGGGUACUCCAUUUAAAAUUUUGAAAUUCCGAAAACACAUUUGGUUUCAGUGACCCCGAAAACUUACGUGGUAAAGUAAAUUAAAUUUUAAAAACGAAGAUUUAUGGCCACUAUUCGGAAUAUUCGUUGCUAGUGACAAAGUAGAAAUAAUUUGUGCCAUAGAACAAAUUUUUAUUUAAAGUCUAAACUAGAAUUAUAUGAGAAUACGAUGAGAGCUUACAAAAAAUGAACAUAGAAAUAUAUGAAGAGAGAAAUGCUGCAAAAGUUUUGUGGAAAUCCAUCUGGUUGGAAUAUCUAUAAAAGGUUACAUAUUUUUUAUGCAUAAAUUCAUUCGCAUCCUUCGAAUUCUAUCAUUAAAUUUAAAGCUACUUAUCGAAUAGAAUAUACAAGCUUCGCCAAUCGUUUCGGCACCUUAGCGCGGCUAGUUAUACAGGAGAAUCACGAUACCGUUCAAAAUUAUCAGACUAUUUACAAAAAUACGAUUGGAAAGCAUUGUCUUUCACAAAGACAAGACGGCCGCUUCGAGAAUUAAAUAAAUCUUUAGUAGAAAAACCUUUCCGAGCACUUCAAAUGUCACUAUCUUGAUAUCACAUAAAAUUGUGCAGUUUUUAAUUAGUUCUGCUUCAAAUUCGUUCGAGUUUGGAAAGUUAAAUUUUUAACACUUUCAAGUUUUAAUUUCUAGUCUUUCAUUUUUAAAUUGAAAAAUUUUCAAUAAAAUUCUGAAGGAUUCACAAAAAAAAACAAUUAAAAGUGUUUUAAAUUAAACUAUUUUGAUAGUAAAUCGUUUCAAGCCCAUUAUCUGGAAAAGGUAGUUAAUUAAAGGUUUUAUAUAUUGAAUUCAAAAAUGUUUCUAAUUAAAUAAUAAUUGUCUUGGAAGCUUUAUGAGCGAACAAUUCUAAAUCUGUUUAAAAUUAACGGAUUUCAUAUUGAAAUGUUGAAAAUUGCAAUAUUUCAAGAUUAUACUGCUAUAAAUUAAAAGCCUUAAUAGAUAAAAAUCUAAAAGUUCGGAUUGAAGCUUUAUAAACUAUUUAAAAUGUAUAAAUAUCAAAAUUUGCAGAUUCGUAAUCAGUUAAGAUUGACAAAUUGAAAACGGUUCAAAUUAGGCAAUUUCUAAUUGUGGAAUUAAACAAAUUGAUCUUUUAGAAGUCAGGGAAUUCAGGUUUAUACAAAAGUUUCUUAAUUCGUUUGCUAUUCUUUUAUUUCUCAUGAA